AUGAAAUUAAAACAAUUUUCUAUUUAUAAUAUAUUUAUUCCAAUAGUAUCUCUAAUUGUUACUAUUAUAUGUUGUCCAUUACCAGAUAAUUAUUUUAAAUUAUGUCAUUGUGGUAUACUUAUUAGUGGUGUUAAUUAUAUUGAAUGUGAUCGACAAUCGUUACGUGUUAUACCACCAUUUAAACGUUCAUUUCCCUAUGAUGAUUUAAUACUUAGUCAUAAUUUAAUUGAAAAUUUAACUCAAAAUUCAUUUGAUAAUAUUAAAGGUAUUCGACGUAUUUAUCUUGAUAAUAAUCCAAUACAAUUUAUCGAUAAUGAUGUAUUACGUUUAUUAGGAAAUUAUUUAGAAGAUUUUAUUAUAUCAGCCAAUAAUAAAUUUGAUUCAUUAGAAUUUUUAUUUAGAUAUCCAUUAAAAAAAUUACGUCUUUUAAAAUUAACUAAUUUUAAUCUUAAAAAUAAACAAUUAACAUCAACAUUAUUUAGUAAUAUGACAAGAUUAGAAAUAUUAUAUAUUCAAAAUUGUCAAUUAAAAACAAUUGAUUUUUCUCAAUAUUCACUAAAUAAUUUAUAUACAUUAGAUUUACAAGACAAUCAAUUAUCCUAUUUAAAUUUAAAAUCAGUUAUAUCAUUAAAAAAUUUAAAUUUAGCAAAUAAUCAUAUUCAUAUAACAAAAGAUCUAAAUAUAAAUUCAAUAGAUGGAUUACCAACAAGUUUAAUUAAUAUAGAUUUAAGUACAAAUCGUAUUAACGAUUUUGAUUUAUUUCGUAAUUUAAACAAAUUACAGAUAUUAUCGUUAAAUAAUAAUUCAUUAAAACAAUUACCUGAUCUACUUCAAUUACCAUUAACAUUAAAAUCAUUUGAUCUUAGUUUAAAUCAAUUAAAAACAAUAAAUAAUUCAACAAAAAUAUUUUUUGAACAAUUAACAAAUUUAAAUCUUCAAAAUAAUCCUCUUGAAUGUGAUUGUCAUUUAAAAUGGUUAUAUAAACUUGUUAUUGAACAAAAACAACGAGUCAAUAUAACAAAUGGAAAUGAUGAUCAUUUAAUUGAUUCAAUAAUGACUAAUAAUGAUUCAUUCUAUAUUAAUCCAACAAAAUGGACAUGUUCAGAUAAAAAACAAUUUUUAUCAUCUGAUUUUCAAUGUAUACUUAUUCCAAAAUUAAUAUUAUUUAAUUUAACUUAUAUUCAAGCAAAUGUAUUAGAACAAUUGACAGACGGUCUACUCUUACAAUGGCAAAUGAAUGAUCUUACAUUUGUUAAUUAUUAUCAAAUUAGUUAUGAAUUAGAUCGUUCUCAAUUAUCAUCAUUAAUCAUUUCUAAUCGUUUAUCAAAAAAUAUGAGUCAAUUAUUUAUUACAAAUAUUCUUCAAUAUAAACGUUAUCAUGUCUGUUUAAUUAUUUAUCAUAAAUUUGCUAAAGAUAAAUAUUGUCGUGAUAUUUUAACCAUUAAUAUUGUCAAAUAUUCAUCUCAAAUUAUCUUAUCAAAUCAACUAUUAACAAAUUUAGUCACUAUUCUUCCUUCCUCAUCACCAUUGUCUCUUAAUCAACAAACAAAUAGUCCAACAACACAAAUAAUGCUUAUUGGUUCAUGUAUAGGUGUAUUUCUUACACUUAUACUUUUAUUUACAUGUAUUUAUUUAUGUUGUAAAAUAAAGCAAUUCAAUCGAAAACAUUCAAAAUCGAUUAAUAUUCAUCAAGAUACAUAUCAUCCACCACCAUCACGACGUACUACUACUACAUUUACCUGUUGUGAACAUCAUGAUAAACAUCAACCCUAUUGUUCGGCUGCUCAGUUAUUUAAUUUUCAACAAGUUUUACCACCAUUACCACCACCACCCUAUCCAACUUCAACUCUGUAUCAUCAUCAUCCUCAUCAUCAUCAUCCAAUUCAUACAUGCCAACAUUAUAAUACGUCAGAAAAUACAUCAAAUUCAACAGACAGUAGUCAUUUAGGUGAUUCAUUACAUAGUAAUAAACAUCAACAACAUAUUUAUCAAGAAAUCACAAACAAUAAUAAUAUUGUUGAUAAUAAUGAACAGAAAAUGUUUGACUUAUGGAAUAUGUCCGUAUCAACAGCAACCGAUACAACUACCUCAAAUAUAACAAAUUUAUCUAAUAAUGAUCAUAUCACACCACAUAGAACAAGACAAACUUUAAAACAUAUAAGAUAA